UUUAAGAGCCCUUGCCACAUCAGAAGUGUGGUAUGCCGAUGGAACAUUUCAAACAUCUCCUGUGAUUUUUUAUCAAUUAUUUGUGAUAAUGGGAUCGGUAAAUCAUGUACAGCAAGGCAUACAAGAAACUGUUGCUCUCCCAUUUGUUUACGCUCUUCUCGAAAGUAAAUCGCAGGAAGCAUACACCAAGUGUUUGAAGUUGUAAAUGCAUCUUUUCAAAAGUUUGAAAUUAACUUCACUUUUCCACAAUUUAUUAUGACCGAUUUUGAAGUUGCUAUUAUAAAUGCUGUAAUUGCAAUUUUUGGUAAUAUUGUGCACUGUUGUUUAUUUCAUCUAUGUCAAAGUGUAUUCCGACGAGUACAAUUUGAAGGGUUGCAAGGGCAAUACAAUAACGAAAAUGAUCGCAGUAUAAAAGCAGCCACUCAGAUGUUGUGCGCAUUAGCAUUUGUGCCACACGAGAACGUAUCCGAACACUUUGAUACAUUAAUGGAGGACAUUCCUGAUGAUUUUAUCUGUGUAGCUGAUUAUUUUGAGGUUACCUACGUUCGAGGGAAACCCGCUCGAGGAAGACGGAAAGCAGUUGCUCCACGUUACUCCCCUGAAAUUUGAAACCAGUACGAUGCUGUUCUUGGAAAUAUGGCCCGAACUAAUAUAAUAACGCGUCUGAAGGAUGGAACAACCGUUUUCGAAUUA